AGCAGCUGUAAGCUCAAACCUAUUUCCCGCGCAUUUUAUUCCAUUAUUUUUCUAAUGUUUUAUUAAAUAUUAAGUUAAGGUUAACUAUUCUAAAUUUUCAACCAAGAGCAAAAUGGUUGAAAUGGAUGAAUUAGAUCAAUUAGAUGAAUUGCUACGUGCUGAUCUUAACGAAGAAAUUGAAGAGAAACCAGUACAAAUACGCGAGGUAAACAUAUUUGAAUCAAGUGAAGAUAUUGAAGAAAAUGUACAAAAAGAUAAAGAUUUGAAAUCUACAAUUCACAAUGGUGAUACUGAUUCCUCUGAUGACGAAGAAAAAAGGAAUUUUACCGAAAGAAAAUACAACGAUUAUGGAAGUCAAAUAAAAAAAACAUUAGACCAGCAAGAACAAGAGCACAUAAACAGAAGAGUAGAGUUUGAAACCAGACUGCGACAAACAAAUAUUGACAUAAAAACUAAGAAAUCUACUAUUUCUCAGAAGAUAGAUACUAAUUUAAAUGAUAAAAGUUCCUUUUGUGUUCCUGAAGCAAAGGCUAAAGCUUCUAGUGACGUGUACACCGAUCCUAUAUUUGGAAUUAGAAUUACAAAGCCCCUAAUCUCCAGUUCUGCCUUGCUGGAUCGGAUGCAAGGUCGAGAAGCAGUUAACAUGCUCAGAAUAAAACGGUAUGUAGAAAAUGAGGAUUUAUCAAAAGACUGGGUUAUCGCUGGAGUUAUUGUUAAGAAAAGCAGUGCUAAAAAAUCUCAAAAGGGCAAUAAUUUUAUGAUUUGGACACUUAGUGAUUUAAAGGAUGAUUUAAAAACGAUUUCUAUGUUUUUAUUCCGUAAAGCAUACAAUGACUUGUGGAAGACACCGGAAGGUACAGUUGUAGCAAUAUUAAAUCCUAAUUUACUUGAAAGAUCUCAAAACAGUAAUGAGCAGGCUUGCUUAAGUGUAGAAAAACCAGACAGAGUAAUGACUUUAGGCCAAUCAAAAGACUUUGGUAUAUGUAGAAGUAAAAAAAAGAAUGGAGAACCAUGUACUUCAUUUGUUAAUUUAAGUCAAUGUGAACACUGUAUAUAUCAUGUUAAACAAGAAUAUCAGAAGUAUUCUCGAAGACAAGAACUUCAAUCAUCCACAAUGGGUAAAGGGCUCACUAGUUUACAAAACAAGGUCUUUGGGAAGAAUACAUUCAUAUAUGGGGGCAAAUCUUAUACUGCACCGCCACCGAGUAAUCACAAGAAAUUUGCAGACAGAGAUCAAAAUAGGCUUAUGUCUUUGACUGAUUAUUUCAAAACAGAAGUAGAUACUUUGAUGACAAAUAAAGCACCAAUGGGAUCUGGAUUAUUAAAAAAUAACAAUGGAAUAUUACAUAGUCCCACAUCACAAAAACUGAGCGACUCACAAAGGCUUAACAAUUUAUCCAACUCCAUUAAAGGCAAUAAUCUCUCUUCCCAGAAUCCAAGCUUAGCAGAAAAAGUAGCAAAUUCCCCAACUUUAGGUAAAGGAUUUGGAUUAAAAGGCAGUGGUGUAAUAGAUUUAAAUUUGUCAUAUGGACAAAAAGUUGCUGAAAAAGCAAAAUUAAACGCAAUAAAACUCAUUCAACAAAAAGGAGGAAUCGAAAAAAGAGAUCCUAAUAAUGUAAAAGGUACAGAAGCAGGCAAAAAGAGGGCACUCGAUAAGUUAAAUCACUCGAGUGGUGAUGAAAAUGACUCGAAAAAAACUAAACUCAGUGAGGAACAGUGCAAAAAACUUAAACCUGUAAUGUCUGAACGAUUUAAAAAAAUAUUAGAAGCUACUUCUGCUCAUCAAAAUUUAAUAAAACAACAUGAAGAUGAUGAACAAGAGAAAUAUUUCAAUAAACUUGAGAAAAAGGAAGCUAUGGAAGAAAAAAUGCUUAACACAUUCAAGCUAGCUUGCAAAGCAGUACGGUGUGCUAAAUGCAAAUACACUGCUUUCUCAGCUGCUCAGAUCUGUAAGGAUGAAAGGCAUCCCCUCAAAGUACUGGAUACUUUUAAAAGAUUCUUUAAAUGUGCUGAUUGCAACAACAGAACUGUUUCCCUAGAAAUACUACCAUUACAUUCCUGUGGCAACUGCAGUGGAUCUCGAUGGGUUAAAGCACCAAUGUUAAGAGAAAAGAAAGUCACGUCCUUGUCUGAUGGUCUAUCAAUUAGAGGGGAGGAAGAAACAUUCAUCGGUGGACAAGUGGGCACAGGGAAAAACAUUAACUUAUUGGUUCCUGAAAACUAAGCACAACCAUUUUAAUCAAAUAUAAUUUAUUGUAUUAUUUUUAAUAUUUUAACUAGGACAUAUUUUUAAAUAAAAUUAUGAUAAGGUUUUAAAAUAAAAUACAAAAUGAAAAUAAAGCAUAAUA